GAAAUGGUACUUCGGCUGAAUGGUUUUCGUUUAUUGCUUACUCGAAGAGGGAUUUUCGCAUCCACAUCACAUUUUGCGGUACUAAGAUGCUUAGCAAGUAACCAGAGAGAACCUUACGUUCCUGUUCCAAUGGAUCCUGUUCAGCCUUUGUGGCAUCGAUUGUUUAAAAAUAAGAUUAUUGCUAAAAUUGAUUGUCAUAAAACACUAUAUGAAGCGGUCUGUGAACAACUAAGAAAUAAAAUCGACCUAUUUUUAGCGAUUGCGCUUGCUCUUUUUAUUACUUCAUUUAGUUUUGGCCUUUACGAUGACCUGAACGUUCUGGAAUCGAUUAAAACUUCUUUUAGUGAUACUUUAAAUAAUUAUCGUAAAAGAAAAAUUUAUAAGGAAAAAUUAGAUAAUGAUAAGAAGGUCAGCGCUUCAUUUUUCGUCGAAGCGGAAAAAAAAUAUGAAGCACUGCCUAUUAUUGAAUCUAGCGUUGCCACUAAAGGUCACUCAGUUAUUAAUAAUAUUAAAGAAAUAAUUUUUCCAAGUAAAAGAGAGAAGGUCAAAAAAGAAUUAAAUGAGAAGGUUUGCCUGCUUUACAAGAAACUGCCGGAAGAAAUACCUUAUUUAUUAAUUGGAGGUGGUGCUGCUUCUUAUUAUGCUGCAAUAACCAUCAGAGGACGGGAUCCUUGUGCAAAAGUUUUAAUGAUUGGUGAUGAACUAGAAUUGCCUUAUGAUCGAACUCCAUUGUCAAAAAAUCUUUGGUGGAGCGGUGCUGAUGACGCCUCCGAAACUCUUCGAUAUAAAACCGCUAGCGGCCGUACAAAAAAUAUAUUUUUUGAAAAUGCCAAUUAUUUCGUACCACCUGAUGAGAUUAAUGGUACGAAACAUGGUGGCAUAUCAUUAGUUAUGGGGCAUCGAGUGACCAAACUUGAUCCUGAAGCGCAUAUAGCAUAUCUGGAUGAUGGUCGCACAAUCAAAUACAAAAAAUGCCUGAUAGCAACAGGUGGCAGCCCUAGAAAAUUGGCUGUGAUCGAGCAAAGCAAAAAGGAUAUCAAGGAAAGGGUCAUGUAUUUUAGAGUAGUGGAUGAUUUCAAAAAAUUAUACAAAAUUGCAGAUGGAUGUCGAUCAAUAACAAUAAUAGGUAGUGGACUUCUAGGAACAGAACUUGCAAUUGCAUUAAAUACACGCUUUGGACCUACAGGUUUAAUAGUCAAUCAGGUAUUUCCUGAAAAUGGGAAUUUACGCAAAAUCUUUCCUGAUCAUUUAAGUCAAUAUACAACAAUGAAGCUCCAAAAUAAUGGUAUUAGAGUUAUUACUGGACAGAAUAUCGUCCAAAUAUCGAAGGAUGAUGGUUAUGGAUGUUUGAUGUUGCAUCUUUCAUCUGGUGAGGUUAUCAAAACGGACUUCGUCGUUGCUGCAGUUGGGAUUGUUCCUAAUACAGAAUUAGCCGCAUCUUCUGGAUUGGAAAUUGAUAAAAAUAACGAUGGUUUCAUUGUUGACGCAGAACUUCGUGCUCGUUCUGAUAUUUGGGUAGCUGGUGAUGCAAGCAGCUUCUAUGAUAUAAAACAUGGAAGAAGGCGUCUGGAGCAUCAAAGUAAUUCUGAAGCGACUGGGCGACUUGCUGGCUUUAAUAUGACUGGAGGUAAUUUUUUAAUAUUUUAUGUCAUCUAA